AUGCCCAAGAGGAAGGUCACCUCCACCGAGGGGGCGGCGAAGGAGGAGCCCAAGAGGAGAUCGGUGAGGUUGUCAGCUAAACCGGCUCCUACGAAAGUGGAAACUGAACCAAAUGAGGUGGCAGGAAAGGAUAAAUCUUCAGACAAAAAAAUGCAAACAAAAGGAAGAAGGGGAGCAAAAGGAAAACAGGCCGAAGUGGCUAACCAAGAGACUAAAGAAGACUUCCCUGCAGAAAAUGGAGAAACUAAAAACGAGGAGAGCCCAGCCUCUGAUGAAGCAGGAGAGAAAAAAGCCAAGUCUGAUUAA